AUGGAGAGCUCCGGAGAAUGCACUAGCCCUUACACAGAUGCUAGCCCUAGCUUUUUGGCAAUGCUUCAGGAAGUGGAGCCUCGGGUGGCUCGUCGUCGCCUUUCUCAAGCCCGACACCGUGCAAAGCUGGCAGGGCUUUUCAAUCAUCUACGAGACACAGUAUACAUGGCUAAACAUUUAAUAUAAAUUGUAUUUUACUUGAAGUGGCAGGUGCUGCGUAAGGCAAAGAAUUACAUCUUGGACUUAGAAAGAAAGCUAGAAAAUUUGCUGAAACUUAAAGAAGCAUAUCACUUGGAAGAUGGCCAUCCGUCAAACUUGGAAGAAGUAAAAGAGCAAUACAUCAAUUACUACAAGGAGCAUUGUGACCUGGCAUCAGCAAACCUACCUGGUCAGACAAGGAUGGCGCUUUGGCAAUGGCUGAGAGAAUACAGAGGCCAUCCUGCAGAGAGUGAUCUGAAACCAGUUAAUUCUCAGACUCCUUUGAAAUCUUCAACAGAUCUCAUAGAAUUUGAAGGCUAUUUGAAUUUUUACAAAGAAACUGUGGACCUUUUAGUGGAGAACAGGAUAGUGUCUAUGGAACAGAUCACCCUCCCCAUUGUAUCAAAAGCAAUUGCACACCUCUGGCAGAACAUGUCUGGGGAGAAGAAGACAGACAUCUUCAAAAAAUGUUCUCAAAGUGUGUGUUUGUCCCUAGGAGAGCAAAUCUCCUUGCAGCUCCCUUUACAGAUGGACUGUACUAUGAGGGACAGAGCUUUAGACAGCCAAGGAGCAAGUGGUUCAUCAGAAUCCAAUCAUGAUGAGAUGCUUUUUGAAGAUGCAUUUGAUUUAGCUUCUGGAUUCAUGGUAAAACCAGAGCUGAAUGCUCUAACAGGAAUAAAACGGGAAAGCAGGUAA